AUGUCGCUCAAACCGUUCGAUAUUGAGGUGGAUCCACCGGGCGAAGAUCUGAUGGAGAUCGCCCGCCGUGAACUAAGGGAAACACCGGAUAUUCGUACUUCCGCCGUGGAGGAGCUAAGAGCCCUUCUCAAGGACGCCAAGGAUAUGCACUUCAGCGAAGAGGAAGAGUUCUUGCUAAUCUUCCUGCGUCCGUGCCACUUUUACGCCGAAAGUGCCCUGAAAAUGAUGCGUCGUAUUGCCGAGUUUAAAAAGACGAACCAUCCACUACUGCACGCGCUCAAACCGGAAGAGGAGAAGCUCGCCUUUAUCGACCACAACGUCGUCAACGUGCUGACCAACCGCGAUCAGAAGGGUCGCCGCGUGCUGUUGGUAAACUGUGGUGCGGCCUGGGAUCCGAAAGCGGUCAGCUCGGAGCAACUGUUCCGUGUGUUCUUCCUGAUACAUCUCGUCGCCCAGCUCGAACCGGCCACCCAAAUCAACGGCAUCGUGGUGGUGCUCGACUUUGACGGACUCUCGCUCAAGCAGGUUAAAGCGCUUUCGCCCUCCUUCUCAAGGCGACUGAUUACGUUCAUUCAGGACGCGAUGCCGCUACGCCUGAAGGAGGUGCACAUCCUCAAGCAGCCGUACAUCUUCAACAUGGUGUGGGCACUGUUCAAACCAUUCAUUCGCGAGAAGCUGAAGAGUCGCAUCUUCUUCCACGGCAUGGACAUGCGGAAGCUGCACAAACACAUCGAUCCGUGCGAUCUGCCGGCCAACUAUGGUGGUGAUCGACCACCGAUCAACUAUGGUGGCAAGGAAUGGUAUCCUUGCGUGUACAACUACAUAGACCAUAUAAACGAGUGGAACACGUUUGGGUUCGUGUCGAAUGUGCAGUAACUGCUGGAGAGAGAGAGAAAGACACAUACAGCGAAGAUGCUUUGACUAGGAGUAUAAGCCUGAUUAGUACCGAUACCCUCCGAAUACAUUCGAAUAUUACUAGAACUACUGAGCACUGCUAUCUAGGUUAGCUCUUUGGACAACUCUCCCUGCCAUACUUAGUGCAUUUACCUACAACUUAAUAGCCCAUAAGGUGGAAUUAUUGGAGGUAGAACAGCUGCAAUGACUUCUAUAGAUUUAGCUUACAUUAGGCGUCUUUCACUCCCAAGGUCUCCACGCAGAGAUCUUCUUCCAUGGCAACGACUUAGACAAGUUCCACCAGUACAUCAGCGUUGAUCGACUGCCAGCCGACUAUGGUGGUAAUCUGCCACCGAUCGACUAUGGCGGUCAGGAUUGGUAUCCGU